CAGUGAGUGGAAGAGCAUCUGCAAUGUCAAACACUCCUACCCACAGCAUUGCAACUUCUGUCUCCCAACCUCAGACGCCAACUCCGAGUCCUAUCAUUUCUCCUUCAGCCAUGCUACCAAUCUACCCUGCUAUAGAUAUCGAUGCACAGACUGAGAGUAAUCAUGACACAGCCUUGACACUUGCUUGUGCUGGUGGCCACGAAGAACUAGUACAAACACUGCUAGAGAGAGGAGCUAAUAUUGAACACAGGGACAAGAAAGGGUUUACUCCGCUUAUUUUGGCUGCUACAGCUGGCCACGUGGGUGUUGUUGAAAUCUUGCUGGAUAAUGGAGCUGAUAUUGAAGCCCAGUCUGAGAGAACCAAGGACACUCCCUUGUCUUUGGCUUGUUCAGGAGGGAGACAAGAGGUGGUGGAGUUGCUGCUAGCUCGAGGGGCAAACAAAGAGCACAGGAAUGUUUCUGAUUACACACCUUUAAGCCUCGCCGCUUCUGGUGGCUACGUGAACAUUAUCAAGAUACUGCUAAAUGCUGGGGCAGAAAUAAAUUCCAGAACUGGUAGCAAAUUGGGCAUUUCUCCCUUAAUGUUGGCAGCCAUGAAUGGGCAUACUGCUGCUGUCAAGCUGUUGCUGGACAUGGGCUCUGAUAUAAAUGCCCAGAUAGAGACCAACAGGAAUACGGCAUUGACUCUGGCUUGUUUCCAAGGGAGAACUGAAGUGGUUAGCCUGCUGCUUGAUAGAAAAGCUAAUGUGGAACAUAGAGCUAAGACUGGUCUCACACCAUUAAUGGAAGCAGCUUCUGGUGGAUACGCAGAAGUGGGCAGAGUUCUGCUGGACAAAGGUGCAGAUGUAAAUGCUCCUCCAGUACCUUCCUCAAGAGAUACAGCUUUAACUAUUGCAGCAGACAAAGGGCACUACAAAUUCUGUGAGCUUCUCAUUAGCAGAGGAGCUCACAUUGAUGUGCGUAACAAGAAGGGGAAUACUCCGCUCUGGCUGGCAGCAAAUGGAGGGCAUCUAGAUGUUGUCCAACUGCUAGUUCAAGCUGGAGCUGAUGUGGAUGCUGCUGAUAACAGGAAAAUAACUCCUCUUAUGGCAGCCUUUCGAAAGGGUCAUGUAAAAGUGGUGCGCUACCUAGUGAAAGAAGUAAACCAGUUUCCGUCAGACUCGGAAUGCAUGAGAUACAUAGCAACAAUUACUGAUAAGGAGAUGCUGAAGAAGUGCCACCUGUGUAUGGAAUCAAUUGUUCAAGCCAAAGAUAGACAGGCUGCUGAAGCCAACAAAAAUGCAAGCAUUCUUUUAGAGGAACUGGACUUGGAGAAGCUAAGGGAAGAAAGCAGGAGACUGGCUUUGGCUGCCAAAAGAGAGAAAAGAAAGGAGAAAAGGAGGAAGAAAAAAGAAGAACAAAGACGAAAACUAGAAGAAAUAGAAGCAAAAAAUAAAGAGAAUUUUGAACUUCAAGCUGCUCAGGAGAAAGAGAAGCUAAAAGCUGAAGAUGAUCCAGAGGUCCCCAUGGAGCCUCCUAGUGCUACCACUACAACCACCAUAGGUAUAUCUGCGACUUGGACAACGUUAGCAGGUUCCCAUGGGAAGAGGAAUAAUACCAUCACCACAGCAAGCUCCAAAAGGAAAAACAGGAAAAACAAAGUAACCUCUGAUAAUGUUCAGAUUAUAUUUGAUGAUCAACUCCCAAUUUCCUAUAGUCAACCAGAAAAAGUGAAUGGUGAAUCUAAGAGCAGCAGUACUAGUGAAAGUGGUGAUAGUGACAACAUGAGGAUUUCCAGCUGUAGCGACGAAAGCAGCAAUAGCAACAGCAGCCACAAAAGUGACAAUCAUUCUUCCACAGCCGUUACUAACACCCAGAGCAACAAAAAGCAACCGUCAGUUCUUGUCACUUGUCCGAAGGAUGAGAGGAAACCAGUUACUGGCAAAUCAUCCAUAAAGUUGUCUGAAGUUAUUAAUGAAGUGACGAGUAAUUCCUUGUCUACUUGCACAAAAUCUGGUCCUUCUCCCCUGUCUUCUCCAAAUGGGAAGCUAACCAUUGCUAGUCCUAAACGUGGUCAGAAAAGGGAAGAAGGAUGGAAGGAAGUUGUGAGAAGGUCCAAGAAGGUUUCUGUUCCAUCAACUGUAAUUUCCAGAGUCAUUGGCAGAGGAGGAUGUAACAUCAAUGCGAUACGUGAGUGCACAGGUGCGCACAUAGACAUUGACAAACAGAAGGACAAAACUGGAGAUAGAAUAAUAACGAUAAGGGGUGGCACAGAAUCAACGAGACAAGCCACGCAGUUGAUCAAUGCUCUGAUUAAGGAUCCAGAUAAAGAAAUUGAUGAACUUAUUCCAAAGAACCGUUUGAAAAGUUCGGCUGUGAACUCCAAAAUAGGGUCAUCGACACCUGCUACCACUACAGCUGCUAACAGUUCUCUUGUGGGCAUCAAAGUGACCACUGUAGCUGCUUCAUCAACAUCUCAGACUGCCUCUGCGCUCACCGUGCCUGCAAUUUCUUCAGCAUCCACUCACAAAACCAUUAAGAACCCAGUGAAUAAUGUGCGGCCUGGUUUCCAAGUUUCUCUUCCAUUAGCGUAUCCUCCUCCGCAGUUUGCACACGCUUUACUUGCUGCUCAGACUUUCCAGCAAAUCCGUCCGCCUCGGUUGCCCAUGACACACUUCGGAGGUACUUUCCCACCAGCUCAGUCUACAUGGGGUCCGUUUCCUGUUAGGCCGUUGAGCCCUGCAAGAGCUACCAACUCACCGAAACCUCACAUGGUGCCUCGCCAUAACAGUCAGAACAGCAGUGGUUCUCAGGUGAAUUCGGCAAGUUCUUUGACAACUAGUCCAACAGCUACAACAAGUUCAGUGGCUUCUACUGUGCCUGGUUCUUCUGCAAAUGGCAGUCCAAGUUCACCUUCAGUCAGAAGACAGCUUUUCGUCACAGUCGUGAAGACAUCAAACGCCACAACGACCACAGUGACGACCACGGCGAGUAACACGAGCACAGCGCCUACGAAUGCCACGUACCCAGUUCCUACUGCCAAAGAACACUACCCUGCAUCUUCCCCCUCAUCUCCUUCUCCCCCUGCACAGCCAGCAGGCGUUUCCAGAAGCAGUCCUUCCAACUGCACAGCAACCUCUCCGAAUAAAGGUGCACCUUCAUCUGAUCCAGAAGUGGGUAGUCCGCCAGCAGUGGAAACGAGCAGCUUGACCAGCAGUAGGCAGCCCAGCUCUGGUACCGGCAGCUCAUCUGUGCACCCUGCUCAUCAGCAGCCUCCAGGAGCUCCUCUGCAAGAGGCAAGACCCCCUCUUCAGCAACCUCAGGUUCCUGCACCAGAUCCUCGAAUGGUUGUGCCUCCAAACUUAGCAGCGACAAGCUCAUCCGCUCCUGUGGCAGGUCCAACAAAUGCCCCGAUGACUUAUCCCAUGUCUCAGACGUCAAUGGGGUCUUCCCAGCCUGCAGCUAAGAUGGAAACCCCAGCUGUCAGGCCGCCUGUCCAUGGAACCGGUAGUGUCCAUAAGAAUCCAGCUCCUGUGCAAAAUUCUUCUGUCGCAGUCCUCAACGUUAAUCACAUCAAAAGGCCCCACAGUGUUCCUUCUUCAGUGCAGCUUCCUUCUACCUUAAGUACACAAAGUGCUUCUCAGAAUUCAGCCCAUCCAGCAAACAAGUCUAUGGGUAACAAUUUCAGUGCUACUUUACCAUUUGGGCCCUUUAGUACAUUGUUUGAAAACAGUCCUACGUCUGCUCAUGCCUUCUGGGGUGGUUCCGUCGUUUCAUCUCAGACAACACCAGAAUCUAUGCUAUCAGGAAAGUCUUCAUUUUUGCCAAACUCAGAUCCUUUACAUCAGUCUGAUACUUCCAAAGCCCCAGGUUUUAGGCCACCGUUACAGAGGCCAGCUCCAAGUCCCUCAGGUAUUGUCAGUAUGGAUUCACCCUAUGCUUCUGUAACACCUUCUUCUACACACCUGGGUAAUUUUGCCUCAAACCUUUCGGGAGGUCAAAUAUAUGCGCCUGGGACACCUCUUGGCGGAGCACCUGCAGCUGCUAAUUUUAACAGACAGCAUUUUUCCCCACUUAGUUUAUUGCCUCCAUGUUCAUCAGCAUCAAAUGAAUCUCCUGCUCAGUCGGUGUCUUCUGGAGUAAGAGCACCAUCUCCUACCCCUUCAGCAGUGUCCUUGGGAUCAGAAAAACCCAGUAACGUUUCUCAGGACAGAAAAGUUCCUGUUCCGAUUGGGACUGAACGGUCUGCACGUAUUAGACAAACUGGAACUUCUACUCCUUCUGUUAUCGGGAGCAACUUAGCUGCUCCAGUGGGACAUAGUGGGAUCUGGUCCUUUGAAGGUAUAGGUGGCAAUCAAGAUAAGGUGGACUGGUGUCACAGCGGAAUGGGGAGCCACAUGAUCCACAGGCCCAUGUCUGAUCCAGGGGUGUUCUCGCACCAAGCCAUGGAGAGAGACAGCACGGGAAUUGUAACGCCUUCCGGUACAUUCCAUCAGCCCGUUCCCGCAGGAUACAUGGACUUCCCAAAAGUUGGGGGUAUGCCUUUUUCUGUGUAUGGGAAUGCAAUGAUUCCUCCUGUAGCCCCCAUCACAGAUGGUACUGGAGGCCCUAUAUUUAAUGGACCUCAUGCUGCUGACCCAUCUUGGAACUCGCUGAUAAAGAUGGUUUCAAAUUCCACAGAAAAUAAUGGGCCUCAGACGGUGUGGACUGGAACUUGGACACCUCACAUGAACAGUGUGCAUAUGAACCAACUUGGCUGAGUGGGAUCAACUUGCUAGCCUCAAGAUUCCUUUUUUGCAGAGGAAAACACAAAUGGCAGAAACAGUUUAUGUGCUCCCAGAUCAUUCUACUGAUGUGCUUGACUGAAGUGUGUAGGCUUUUUGCAGAAGAACUUACUAACUGACCUUUUUCUGUGACCAUUGUGACCACCCAUUCCCCACCAUCAUACGUUUCAACUUAGUUAGCCUUUAUUCUUUCCUUUCCUUUUUUUUUUUUUUUGACAUAACUUUCUGUUGAAGCUGUUCUUUGGCUGGUUGGUUUUAGUACUGUAAACUGCUUCUGAGCAAACACAGAAAUUUAGCAAAAUUAUGUAAACUUGAUCCUGAAGUUUUAGAAUGGCAAAUAAAUGUACAAUUGUUUACAUAACAAAUGGCUAAGCAGAAAGUAAAUUUCAAUAUGUCAGUAUAGAGGCUCUACUUUAUGUAGACUUAAAUUAAUGUGAGAUAUGUACCUUCAUAUUCAGAAAUCUGGAUGUUUCCUUCAUACAUUAAACUAUUAAUAAGCAUAA